AAAAAAAAAAAAAAACAAAUCUUUUUGUCGCUCGGCCUGUGGUAUUGAACAGACUUUAAUUAAGAAUAAGCCCCGCGCUGCCUAAGAAUGACUUCGGCCAUCACUACCGUGUUUUCCACCCACGAACUGUUGGAAUGCAUCCUACUCCAAGUAGACUUGCGCACGCUACUCACCUCGGCCCAACGCGUCAACCGCACCUGGUAUGACUUGGUUCGCAGCUCGCUGCCACUUCAGCGAACGCUGUUCUUCGCCGCGCAAGAUGACAACCACAAAAACAGCGAGUACACAUACAAUCCACUCCUAACGAACGCUUUUCCCACCUUCUUCCAGUCCUUUCCCGGCUCCGCUGCGGGAAGGCCCAGAAGCCUCGACCUCAACAGCCUCGAGAUGGUGCUCCGCCCAGACAAGCAGACGGCCUACCUCCGGGCAGAGGCUAGUUGGCGGAAGAUGCUCACGCGGCAACCACCGGUGCGGAGUCUACUAGCAGUGCGGGUGACGUCGAGCAUGGCGGGCCAGAACGAAACGAUGGAGCGGCUGGAGGUCCCCGAGGGGGGGCUGCGGAUGGGACGGGUGUUUGAGCUGGUGAUGUCGCGCAAGGUGGUCUCGUUUGAGCCCAUCACGCACAAUCAUCUUUCUUGGAAUCCAGGGUCGGAUGUGAGAGGUUUCCAGGGGUCAAAUAUGCGGGUGAAUGACGAGUUGCGGCGGGCGGUGGUCGAGGCGGAUGCGUUGCUGUACUCGUACCAUGUCGUGCAGUGUACGGUGAGGUGGGAGGAUACGGCGGAGACGGCGUUGCAGAGGGAUCUGGCGAGGGGGUAUGGGAAGAUUAAUCUCUGAGUAUAUAUUUCAUUUUCACAUACACAACAUGUGGGAUGAAGGUAGCGAUAUAUAUCACUGGUGUGAAAGGUGCUCAGUCUAGCCGAUGUUAAGGUUGUACGUAUAUAUAUAACGGCUGCAUUCCGUUCCGCACCACGAUCGAAUCAUCCCACAUGUG